AUGGCAGACACCCCAGACUCGAACUCGCCCUCGCGCACCUCCACCCCGAACCCGCGCUUCACCUCACAAGCUCCAACAGCCGAAGAUCUGUUGAAGGAGCAGACCGUUGGACUCGUCCAUCUCUCCGACUUCCGCAAGAGGCGCGCCGAAGCUCUUGACCUGGUAUCGCGGGAUGUCACACCUGCUGCGAGUGGGGCUACAACGCCAGAUGGACGUGAGUCCGUAGCCAAAGCCGUCUUCAAGAAACGCAAGAAAAAGAUUAGGAAAGGUGGAUUGUCGUUUGGCGGUGACGAAGAGGAGGGAGAUGGCGGCACUAGCUCUACGGCGCCCUCGCGAUCAGAGACACCAGCUGCAGACGAUGCCACUGCGGCCAUCAAGAAGCGCUUGAAGCCCAACAGCUCCGUUGCUUUCCAACCCAAGGCUCAGACCAAGUCGGCCCUCCAACGCGAAGCGCAUCUCAAAGAUGCCUUGCGCAAGGAAUACGCCCAGAUUCAAGAGGCUGUCAAGCAGACUGAGUUUUGCUUACCCUUUGUCUUUUACGACGGCAAGAAUGCUCCGGGAGGAAUGUGUAGGAUGAAAAAGGGAGACUUCGUCUGGCUCUUCCUCGAACGAGCGAGAAAAGUCGGCGCGGAAAAGGCGGCGACUGGCGAUGGACGAGGCAUGAAAGACUGGGCACGCAUCAGUGUCGACGACUUGAUGCUGGUUCGAGGGGAUUUGAUCAUUCCGCAUCAUUACGACUUUCAUUACUUCAUGGUGAACAAUUCCGUCGGCUACAAAAACGUCACCAUCUUCCACCACUCCGCCGAGCCUACUGCGGCAACGCCCAAUCACCUCUUGCCGACAUCCACCGCUUCGACCGAUGAUGCGCCUGUUGGUCCUACCCCCAAACCACCCGCAUCCAAGCAUCUCACCACAGCCGCCGACCGUCAGUCGUUUGCAGAGGCUGUAUUGGUCACCCGUCUCCCGGACUCCGAGCUCGAAGGCCAUCUCGACGAUCCAGCGGCAACGAAGGUGGUUGAUCGGCGUUGGUAUGAGCGCAACAAGCACAUCUAUCCCGCCAGCACGUGGGAGGAAUUCGAUUCGACUCGGGAUUAUUCCAAGGGGACGCGCAAGGAUGGCGAAGGUAACGCGUACUUUUUCUCGCGAUGA